AUGCCAAAGCCCAUUAAGCUGAAACCUGAGCCAACGAUCUCGGCUUUGUGGCACGCGCGGCGAAUCUGCGGCAUUUCCUGGCAAACCCACACCACGGAUGGGAGACGGGAUGGGGCGUCUGUUGGCGCAUUCGAGAUCUGGAAAUUGUUUGAGGAUACCAAACGCCUCGCAAAUGGGAUUGAAAAGACUACAAGUCACCCACAGCUGGCUGAGCCAGUACCUGAAGCUGUCCAAGUAUUUUUCGAGCCGGCUUGA